AUGUUCACUCGACUCACAUCACCGCUAACAGUGAGCUUGCUGGCUUCUACAGUCGCAGCCAAAUGCUCAUCAUUCGGCAUUGACUUCCAAGGAGGCAACACCUACUUCCAAAACGUCUCGUCGACGGAUCCCUUCACGUUUGUGUCGACGUUCGAGGCUAACGAAGAUAUAGGCUGCCAGAAAGACAUCACAAACAACAUUCUCUACGAUGAAGCCGGAGACGAGUGGGAGUGCACGGAGACGCCAACUCAACCAGAUGAUACCAAGCAGCUAUCCACGUGUCCAGUGAACAAGAGCGAUCUCCACACCGGCAGUUGGGGAGUCGUGAUCAUCUCAAACAAUGGUGACGCUGAACCGAUCGCCUUCGAUCGCAGGUUCAGCCUUGUUGUUGGCGAGCCUGCUACAACAACGUUCACUCCUACUGUGACUGUAAGACCUUCAUGUGAAUCAACGGCAAGCGAUACUCGCUGA